CAGAACCACUCCAGCAGGGGGCAGUCUACAUUUAUCAAAUUAUCUGACGCUCUUCCUCCUCCUCGUCACGUUGUCCAACAUGGCAGUGUCCAUGCUCGGGUUCUGCUGUUGUGUUUCGCGACACGCGUCCUGUAGCCUCCUGAGACGAGCGCGUCUCUUCCUCGCACCCGGGUCUAAAUUUCACCGCUCCGCCGCUGCGUCCGGCGGACUGCUCCUCUCGCUGCACAAGCGCGGGGUUCUGAAGGAUUCUUUCCCAGAAAACGCGGCACAGGACCAGCUUCCCCGGCUGCUCCAGUCCGCUCCUCAGACUGUAUACUGCGGCUUCGACCCCACGGCCGACAGCCUCCAUGUGGGCAACCUGCUCGCCGUUAUCGGCCUGCUGCACUUCCGGAGCGCCGGGCACAACGUCGUCGCGCUGCUCGGAGGGGCCACUGCGCAAAUCGGGGACCCGAGCGGGAAAACGAGCGAGCGCGAGCGGCUGUCCGCGGAUGUAGUGGAGGAGAACACCCGCGGCAUCCGGGAGAGCAUUCAGAGGAUUUUCAUCAACCACGAGGCGCUUUUCCACGACCGCUCGUGGCCGCUGGGCACGGUGAACGUGCUGAACAACCGGAGCUGGUAUAAGAGCCGGGGGGUGGUGGACUUUCUGUCCGAGACCGGCAGGCACUUCCGGAUGGGGACCAUGCUCAGCCGCCACAGCGUGCAGUCCCGGCUGAGGAGCGCAGACGGUAUGAGCCUGACAGAGUUCACCUACCAGGUGUUCCAAGCUUAUGACUUCUACCACCUCCACCAAAUAUACGGCUGCAGGAUUCAGCUCGGAGGCACCGACCAGCUGGGCAAUUUGAUGUCCGGACAUGAGUACAUUCACAAAGUAAAGGGUGAGGAGGUGUAUGGCCUGACCAUCCCGCUGGUGACCAGCACCACCGGUGACAAGCUGGGGAAAACCGCCGGCAACGCGGUGUGGCUCAACAGAGACAAGACGUCCCCCUUCCAACUCUACCAGUUCUUCCUCCGACAGCCAGAUGCCAGCGUGGAGCGAUACUUGAAGCUGUUUACCUUUUUGCCCCUGGUGGAGGUGGAGACGCUGAUGGAGCAGCAGAGGGAGGAUCCGAGCAAACGCCUCGCCCACAAACGACUGGCUGCAGAGGUCACCAAACUGGUGCACGGAAAGGAGGGCCUCGAGAGCGCCAAGAGAUGUACCAAUGCGUUGUAUCACAGCAGCAUUCAGGCGCUGGCGCAAAUGAGUGACGAGGAGCUUCAGGAACUCUUCAGGGAGGCUCCUUUCCAAGAAAUGCUUUUGGAGCCGGGGACCACGGUGCUAGACGUCUGCCGUAAGGCCAGCGCCAUCCCUGAUGGGCCUAAGGGGUAUCGGAUGAUUUCAGAAGGAGCCGUAUGGAUCAACCACAAAAGGGAAGACAAACCGGAGCAGGUCCUCAUCCCCAACAUCCACAUACUGUCUAAUGGACUCACCCUGCUUAGAGUGGGCAAGAAAAACUUUCACAUCGUCAAGUGGCUCAGCCUCUGAGGCUGCCCCAUUGACUUACAGGGAAGGUAGGAGGAAAAACUUGAGAAGAGUCUGUGGGAGAUGUUGAUGGACUGAUAAAUGGCUGGUCAUUUAGUGUUAUAUAUACGUGUAUAUGUAGAUGUGCUGUUUAUCUAAAGAUUUGCUAUUAAAACAACAUUUGGUAAAGAGAUCUUUUUCUGUUGACUUACCUCUGCAGCAGACUUUUGGGGCAGUGAACACUAGGGGGCGACAUUGCCUGUGUGGCCGUCCACAGAGAACCUAAUGGGCCAUUUAUCCUCCUGCUCACCGCUAAACUAAAUUGCAUCAUUUCUCCCAAAAAGCUUACGGUCCUAUUUUAAGCAAAUUAUUGUUUUUAAAAAUUUUUUAAUUAUGGUGCAUUUGUUUUGUUACAGUUUAAUUUUUUUUUUUCUUCUUUUUACUUCUGUAGAGUGUAGCACAACUUACACACAUUGGGAGACAACAAUCUCAUGAGUUCAAAAAUAAGCUUGACUUAAAUACUGUUUAUAUAAGGUUGUUGUUGUUUUUUUCCUGUCCAAUAUUGUUGUUUAAGAAGAAAUUCUUGCUUUUCUGCAAAUGUGAUCGUUCUUUUUUUUUACAUCUCUGUUUUUGGGUAUUUGUUUUUGCAGGUUAUAAUUUCAAUUUUACAUUCACCAAUAUUUAAUAAUACAUUUAUCAAGUGCUUUCAAAGUGUGUUACUGGCAAAGAACAAAAAAAAUGGCAAGAAUACACACAAAAUUAAAGAACAGAGAUACUAUCAAAUUUAUGUGGUUUUCUAUGCAUCAUGUUUAGUGUUUAUCAUAUAUAAAAUGCAACCUAGAUCUAUUAACUGUACCAUAAUCAUGGAAUACAUAUGUAUUUUGUUUUUGGAACAAAUUUGAAACUAACAGCUACAGGCUUAUAGUUAAUCAGUAAGGGGAGCUGAAAAGGUCAUUCAAAUAACAUCAGAAACAGAACCAAGUGACCACUACACAGCUUUCUGUCUCAAGCUGGAAACCUUUCAAGUUUUAGCAAUUACCAAAGAAGUUCAGUCAGCUGUCAAAACUCAAAGCAGCCAUUUCACUGUUGUUGUAACAUUAAAUUUAAUUUUGCAGUGUAUGUAA